GUAUCCGAUGUAAAAGCUAUAUUAUUUUCAGCAAAAGAUAUAUAUGAAUGUUUUAUUUGACAUCUUUUAACCCUCUAUCUAAACAACCAUUCGCAUAAUCUCAAAAUGAUUUGUGUUUCUUUCAAAAUAAAAUAAAAUUACUUGUGUUCACCCUAUAUUAAAGAUACAUGGAAAAAUCCAACCAAUGUGUCGUUUAUAAUAAAAACCCAACUAGUAUGUGGCUGCGUAUUAUAUAGCUUGACAUAGUCAAAGAAAUCCAGAGUUGCUUUCUUAGAUACUACGAGACUCAUACGCUAAUUAAUGUUUUUAAAAUACAAACAAACUAUAAUUUGUGUAUUUUACUGACAGUUGAGUUCUUAUAUGCUACGGAAACCGUAUGAUAUUUAGUAGUUGAAACUUUCUUGUAGAUAUAUAUCGUUGAUUAAUUUGCCAUUAAGUUUUUCAAGUCACCGUUUUGAAAUAAAGAAAAAGAACUGCAUAAGCCGACGAGGCGAAUAUUCUGACUAAAAUUUAGAAAACAAGGAGAAACAACAAACCAUGACUGCUGGCUGCGGCAAUGAGACUACCACGAUGAUAGGAUUAUGGUUAAGUCUUUCAGACCAAUUAUAUAAAUGAAAUUAAGGUGACAGUAAAAUUUUGAUGGAUCAGAUGGGGUUAGUGGUUACUACCAAUCUUAAUUACAAGAUAGCACGAUAGAUGCAUCUUAUCUCAACCUUUUCUACUUUAAUAAACCAAUAUUUUAAUUCAAAUCGGUUAUAAACCGGCUUAUACGCCACACAACCUUUAUAAAUAGCAAACAUGUUUACAGAAAAAAAAUCCAUUUGCAAUACAUUUGGUGAGAGUCAGACAAAACUCAAUCAAAGCAGAUGGUAUUUAGUUAUUCUCCUUCGUAUGGUUUUCCCCAAAACGCUGCGGUUUGGCGUACCCUCCUCGGGUUAUUUUGCAUAUUUACCCUUGUGCUUACGGCAGUCUCAACACCACCUGAAGAUCCUGUAAAGUGUGUGUCGGGAAAUACAAAUUGCACAGUCACAAACUCAUAUGGAGCCUUCCCCGACCGUUCCAAAUGUCGAGCUGCCAGCGUGGCGUACCCAACAACCGAAGAUGAACUCGUCGCUAUCGUGGCUGCAGCCACUAAAACCGGACGGAAAAUGCGGGUAACAACUCGUUAUUCGCAUAGCAUAACUAAGCUCGUUUGUACCGACGGGACCAACGGUUUGUUCAUAAGCACGAAGUUUCUAAACCACACGGUGCAGUCAGAUGCAAAGGCCAUGACUUUGACUGUUGAGAGCGGCGUGACACUUAGGCAGCUAAUCGCUGAAGCCGCUAAGGUUGGAUUGGCGUUGCCUUAUGCACCAUAUUGGUGGGGACUGACCGUGGGUGGUAUGAUGGGAACCGGUGCUCACGGGAGCUCAUUGUGGGGUAAAGGAAGUGCGGUCCAUGAUUAUGUGACCGAGAUCAGAAUGGUUAGUCCUGGCUCGGUCAGUGAUGGGUUUGCAAAGGUUAGAGUUUUAAGCGAGACUACGACUCCUAACGAGUUUAACGCGGCCAAGGUUUCUCUCGGUGUUCUUGGGGUUGUCUCUCAGGUGACUUUUAAAUUGCAACCAAUGUUUAAGAGAUCUUUAACAUAUACAAUGAGAAAUGAUUCGGAUUUCGGGGAACAAGCGGUGACUUUUGGAAAGAAACACGAGUUUGCCGAUUUCUUGUGGUUACCAAGCCAAGGCAAAGUCGUGUAUCGGAGGGAUGACCGAGUUGCUGUCAACACGUCAGGCAAUGGUUUGUAUGAUUUCUUGCCAUUCCGUUCGCAACUCUCUGUGGCUAUAGCCAUCAUAAGAUCAUCAGAGGAGACGCAAGAGAGGUUCAGAGAUGCGAAUGGGAAGUGUAUAGGAGCCACAUUAAUUUCAUCUACACUGUUUGGUACCUCAUACGGUUUGACCAACAAUGGUGUUAUAUUCACUGGUUACCCGGUCAUUGGAAGCCAAAACCGUAUGAUGUCGUCAGGAUCAUGUCUAGAUAGCCUUCAAGAUGGAUUAAUCACGGCGUGUGCGUGGGAUUCCCGUAUAAAUGGCGAAUUUUUCCAUCAAACAACUUUUAGUGUUGCUCUCACUCAAGUCAAAAGUUUUAUUAACGACAUCAAAUCUCUUAUCAAAAUUGAACCGAAGUCUCUAUGCGGCCUUGAGCUCCACUAUGGUAUUUUGAUGCGUUAUGUCACAUCUUCUCCAGCUUAUCUCGGGAAAGAGACGGAAGCCCUAGAUUUUGACAUAACAUAUUACCGAGCCAAAGACCCACUAGCACCACGACUCUACGAGGAUUUCAUCGAGGAAAUCGAGCAAAUAGCAUUGUUCAAGUAUAACGCAUUGCCACAUUGGGGUAAAAACAGAAACUUGGCGUUUGAUGGCGUGAUUAAAAAGUAUAAGAAUGUUCCCGCAUUCUUGAAAGUAAAAGAGAGCUAUGAUCCAACCGGUCUAUUCUCGACCGAAUGGACCGAUCAGAUCUUAGGUAUCAAAGGAAACGCGACGAUUGUAAAAAAUGGAUGUGCAUUGGAGGGUUUGUGUAUAUGUUCGGAGGAUGCUCAUUGUGCUCCGACGAAAGGAUACUUGUGUCGACCGGGAAAAGUUUACAAAGAGGCUAGGGUCUGUACACGUGUCAGUGGCAUAAAUGAGGCACUGUCAGUAAGUUAAUUAUCUACAUCGCCUCUUAUAUCAGGAAGCCGUCGUCGUUAUACAUUGCUUAUGUUGUAAUAA